AUGCUUCACAGUUCAGAAACAAGCACUGCAUCCGUGUCUCCUUCAGAGAACGCCUCUUCUGAACUUGUUGCAGACAUCUCAACCAUGACGCUUGCCAACUCGUCCGCUUUGAUCAAGCCAGACGUGCUUGUGACCUUGCACAGAUAUCCACGAAACAUUAACCCAACAUCAAGUUCAGAAACGACUUGCUUCCCUGUCCGAUGGGAACUAUAA